CAAUCAUACAGACUUAAUAGGCUUCUUUUGUGACCAAUUCAUUGUCACAGCCAAAAGACAGCUUAACAUUAUAUACAAACAGACAAUUGUUGUAAUGGAGUUGUUAGGGUUGCUGGGGAUUAUGGUGAAGAAAAUAAAAUCUUUUUUUUAAUCUCAACUAACUAAUUCUGUCUGUCGCCUGACAUUAAAUAAAGGAAUUUACUGAAGCUUAUUGGGAGUGUGCAGUUUGUAGGUUCAAUAUAAGGCAUUGGGUAUAAACAGGGGACGAUGACUAUGUACUCCAACCACUAGAUGGAAGCCAUCUUAUUAAGUGUCCAUGUACAAUCUAAUAAUCUCCAGCCACAGCGAAUCACAGUGAUAAAAAGCAGUGAAGUGAUUAAACAGUCAAACAGGGCAAAGGAGAAGAGAAAGGAAGUCAGAGAGACUGUACACACACAGUGAGACAAGAGAGUGUUCCAGUUUGAUUCAUCCGUCAGUCAGGUCAGGGAUUAUGGGAAUGCUGAGGAUGUCAGUGGCCUUUCUUCUUCACCUGGCUGCCUCUCUAGCGGCCCCUGUGCCAUGCGAGGAGAAGGUUGUCCGCCUUGAAGCGGAGAUCCAGGGUCUUAUGAAUGUGAUUGACGACCAGCAUCGCUACAUCCAGGAGCUCCACAACAGCCAGACCCAGCAGCUGGAGCACAUACCCAACUCCCAUCUGGGCCCUGAGAACCUCUACAAAGUGCUUAACAGGAAACUACGACUGCGGGUCGACAUGGAGGACUUUGAGGGUAUCACGCUAACGUCAGAGUACACGAACUUCAAGGUGGACGAUGAAAAAGAGUAUAAAAGUAAAAAGUACUGUCGUGGUUUCCGUCUGAAGGACAUUGUAAGCCGCUGUGUCUUUCAGGGUUUCUGCAGGUUUCACCAGAUCCCACAGACACUCUGCCUUUUGCAACGUCAAAGAUUUAUUCUUUGCUUUUACUCUCCUGGACUCCAGGACCAGUACCAGUUACAUUUGGGAGACUACACUGGGAACGCAGGGAACUCCCUGGCCGGUCCAGGCUCGGGGUCAAGCAGGGUCAAAUUCAGAACCUACGAUCGGCUGAACGACGGCGACGCUGAAAACAAUGGCGCUGAGUGUAUCCGACACAGCAAGUCGGGCUGGUGGUUCAGCAGGUGUGAUUCAGGCAACCUGAACGGUCAUUACUACAAGGGGCCGCACCAAGCCAUGACCGACGACGGCGUGGUGUGGUACACAUGGCACGGCUGGUGGUACUCCAUCAAAUCCGUGGUCAUGAUGGUACGAGCCGCCGACCUUGAGCAUCUGCCGCCAGUCCUCACCCCGUUACCGGGACAACUCGAGCCCAGCACAGCAGCAGGCAACGCCGUUGGUCCUCCUCAGGGCCAAUAAGCGAGCAACAUGGCUUCUGGAAAGCUUUCCUGUUUUUAUAAUAUCUAACUUUAUUCACAUCUGUUACAGGGUACAAAGAAACCUCUCUUGUAUUCCUGAAAUAAUACCACUGAAUACUCAAAAUAAAACAAUGUUGC